AUGCAAGCGGGACAGACUCCAGUGUUUGUCAUGAACACUGCGCCAGAGAGGCAGUCAGGAAGGAAAGCCCAGAUCUCCAACAUCACUGCCGCAAAGACUAUCGCUGAUGUCAUCCGAACAUGUCUUGGUCCGAAAGCAAUGCUCAAGAUGAUUCUCGAUCCAAUGGGUGGCAUAUUGCUAACAAACGAUGGAAACGCGAUUCUCCGUGAAAUCGACGUUGCACAUCCUGCAGCAAAGAACAUGAUCGAACUCAGUCGUACUCAAGAUGAAGAAUGCGGCGAUGGUACAACGAGCGUUAUCAUCCUCGCGGGAGAAAUCCUCGCCCAGUCCCUCUCUCAGCUCGAACGCGACAUCCACCCUGUCGUUAUCAUUUCUGCCUACAACAAAGCCCUCAAAGAAGCUCUAGUGAUCAUAAAUCGUAUCUCCAUCCCGAUUGACACGUCGUCUGAUGAAGAAAUGCUCUCUCUUAUUAAAACUUCCAUCGGCACCAAAUUUGUGGCACGCUGGAGCGAUUUAAUGUGUCAUCUAGCUCUUCAAGCCGUGCGCACCGUUGCCUCCGAUGAAGCCGGACACAAGAGUGUUGACAUCAAACGUUACGCACGUGUCGAAAAGAUUCCAGGUGGCUCCAUUGAGGAGUCGAAAGUCCUCGAUGGUGUCCUUCUCAACAAAGACAUCACACACCCGAACAUGCGCCGACGAAUCAAGAACCCGCGUAUUAUCCUGCUCGACUGUCCCCUUGAGUACAAGAAGGGUGAGAGUCAGACCAAUAUGGAGUUCUCCAAGGAGAGCGACUGGCAACGCGCGCAGGAGAUCGAGGAAGAGCAAGUCAUCGCGCAGUGUAAACGUUUACUUGAAUUCAAGCCCGAUCUUAUUAUUACCGAGAAGGGCAUAUCCGAUACCGCACAGUAUGUAUUUGAGAGAGCGAAUAUCUCUGCCAUUCGACGUGUCCGAAAAUCAGACAACAACCGUAUUGCCCUUGCUGUUGGUGCAACCAUAGUCAACCGUGUGGAAGACCUCCGUGACUCUGAUGUCGGCACGGGAUGUGGGCUAUUCAACGUCGAGAAGAUGGGGGAUGAAUACUUCACAUUCCUUACCGAGUGCAAAAACCCCAAAGCGUGCACCAUUCUCCUCCGUGGCCCCUCGAAGGACAUCCUCAAUGAAAUCGAUCGUAAUCUUGCAGAUGCUCUUAGCGUUGCGCGCAAUGCAUACUUUAACCCCCUUCUCGCGCCGGGAGGGGGUGCGACCGAGAUGGCUAUCAGUGUUGGGUUGCACGCUAAAGCACGCAGCGUGACUGGGGUUGAGGGAUGGCCAUUCAGAGCUGUUGCCGACGCUAUGGAGGUGGUCCCACGGACUCUAGUACAAAAUAGUGGCGGGAACGCCAUCAGGGUACUAACAGAACUCAGGGCCAAGCACGCGAACGGAGAGCAUUCAUGGGGUGUGAAUGGAGAGACUGGAAAGAUAGUCGAUAUGAAGGAAUACGGCUUGUACGAGAGUGCAAGCGUAAAGAUCCAAAUCCUGAAAACUGCUAUUGAGGCCGCCCGUAUGUUACUGCGUGUCGACGACGUCGUACAGGCUACACGAAAAGAGCGCGAGCAGCAAGGCCCGCCACCAGAGGAGAUGCAGGGCGAUUAAAAUGGAUGCAUAGAUGAUACAGGAAGCCGCAUUUUACACACACUGACUUCAAGUACUUUUCAGAAUAUACUAAUUUGCACGCUUUUAGAGCGUACCGCCUGUCGUGCCGUUUGCCAGUGGGGCAGAUCUUUUGAUCAAGGCACGCUGCGCAGCACAG